AUGCCUCCCAAGAAGAGGGCUAGACGUUCUACGGUCAAUGAUCAAGAUGAGCCAGCACCUUGUCGACAAAGCUCAAGAUCUAAUCGCGGUGUUGGCGGCCACGCAGCACAGCUCCAAAAAGCUGGAGAAGCUAUAGCAGCACCGGCGAGGAAUCGGAAAGGGCAAAAUGAUUACCCUGAGCUUGACGCCAGUGAUCCUGAAGAAAAUUCAAUGGCUCCUGCGCAGCUGCGUCAGGGGAAGAAAGGUGCUUCUGCAAAACCUCCGGCUGCAAAAAACGCUACCAAGCAAAAACCUGCAUCCACGACACCUCCAACUACGAGUAAAAAUCUUAAGCGAUCAUCUCAAAAGUCCGGCGACAAUGUGAGGCAUCAUUCAGCCUACACUUCUCCUCGUCCAGUGCUACGUACCGGUUGCUCUUCUGACAGGUUCGGAUUUAAGGCACCUGCGUCUACUACCAGCGUACAUCGUAUCGAGAGGGCAUCUCAGUCAAGCAAUCGCAGAAUGGCCGCACAGGAGGCAAACGAACGAGACGACGACGACAAUAGAGAGUCUGCGCGCCACUCGCAUGAACGUGCUGACCUCGAGGAGCACAACGAUACGCAAGUGCUAAUCCUUUUUCGCCUGGAUGGAGCCGAGCAAGAUCAGCAUUUAAACGACAGCGAGAAUUCCGGUCAACGUUUAGGUGCACCGUCUGAAGACGGUGGCGAUGACGAAGGGGAUUUAGACGGAGGGGAUUUAGAUGGAGGGGGUGGAGUGGAUUCAGAUGGAGGGGAUCUAGGUCAAGAGCGUGACUGGGAGGACGAGCCUAUGAAUGUGGAGGGCCAAGAUAAUGAGACUUAUGAUGUUCUCGAACGUCAUCAAGCGCAGAACGGACAACGCAAGGCUCCCUCGCCAUCAUAUCUUUCAAAAGUUACUCACUCUAAGUCUCCUCACCAACGCCCAUCUCGACGUAACGACCGCUCGAAAUCUCCUCGUCAACGCCUGUCUCAAUGUAAUGGCCGCUCGGGAUCUCGUCAACAUGCGCCAUCUGGGGGUGCCUCUUCCGUUCAAGCGCCACCUUCUCGACGUAGACGCUCGCUGCCUCAUUCGCAUAAGUCUUCCACUCGCUCCAGGUCUCCACGCCAACGCUCGUAUCGUCAAGUAACAUCCACGCAGUCUUCUUUGCAUACAAAGUCUCAACGUCGGCGCUCCCCGUCUCGGCCACUCACUUCCUCUGGUAGUCGUGCGCUGCCCUCUUCCCACAGACACUCUCCGUUGCGGACUCGUUCCGACCAUGCAACUACUCCCAGUCGUUCAUGCUCUCGUAGCCCUACGCCCGCUGGUGCUCGCCGCACACGAAACGUCAAGACAAACCAAGAGAACCCUUCCAAGCUUGGGUUUUAUCCAGCUUGUUGGCAAGGACUCCCGCAGGCAGCAAAGUUGCAGAUGCGAUUGCAAGCUAUUCUCACCCAUCCCAUUCCAAAACACCAGGAUGCCGUGCAACUGGCACAAGAAGUCUUGGACGCUGAGUUGUGGCUAUGCCACCAGAAGAAGCUCAAAUUUGAGAACGGCUACUUUCCGGAAUAUAGCCCACAGAUGUGCCGGCUGCUUUGCGAUGAUCUCUUCACGUUCCGUACAGAGCUUAAGAAGGUUGUCAUCUCCAUCACCAAAUCGUCGUACGACAUCUUCCCGAAGGGCACCGCAAUGCUACCAGAGCAAAUAAAGAAACAUAUCGUCACAGCUGCCACCGCGCUGCUCAAGACCGGUGAUUACCUCCGGAUCCCUGAUUCGUCUAACGGCAAAUUCAAGAAUUUUGUAUCGCAGGCUCUCAAGGAUGUGUGUCUCGAGUUCUUCUACAGCAACAGCAAGAAGGCGCUGAAGAACACGGACGACUUCCGCCAGACAAUUCCCAUCAAUGCUCUCAUUCUCGUGGCGGCGGUCAUGAAGGGCGUUAUUUCUGGAUUCAGCGACACCGGCAGCGACAAAGUUCCUGAACUCAGCGCUGAUAGAUGCAGGACCGACUUCGACAAGUUGCAGAAAUCCGUCAACACGUUGCUCGACAUCCCAGAACGUCGUGAAGAGCUCGAAGAAAUGUUGGAGCAAUGGGCUAAGAUUGGUAUGGGCGAAUUUGAUUGGCAUGCAGAUGGGAGUGGUGCAGGCAGUGACGCGGGGGACAUCAAUAUCAUACUUUAA